AACUCAAAAGAACUUCACAAAUCUUUCUCCCUUCAAACUCUCUUCAAUCUUCAAUGGCGAAAUCCAAAAAAGCAAAAAAUUCAUCGGAUAGAGAGAAAUGGAACCAAGUGUUCAACGCUUUAGUUCAAAUGUUGACAUCACAACAAACACAACUUGAAUCCCUUGCAAAAGAGAGAAUGAUACUUGAAGAUCGGAUUAAAUUACAGCAUAAUCGAUGGGUAUCUGAUAUUGACACCUUUCAACAACAAAUUUAUGAGAUGAAGAAAGAACUUACAGUACAAGAGAUGGAGCAAAUGCUUGAGGUUGCGAAAUCGGAGUUUGUUGUUGGUUUGAAGCAACGAGAUGUUGUCAUGUUCAAAAAGAAGUUCGAAGAUGCAGAUAGUGAACUCGCUGACUUCAGAGAAUGGUUUGACUAUAAAUGCUCUGAGCCAAAUGAUGUACCAAGGGCUGCUACAAAUGAAAAGGCAGAGACAAGAAAAAAGGCUUGGGAAGAUGAGGUGAGACGGCUUGGAACAGAAAAUGAGAAGCUUACUUCAGAGAAAAAUUCUGAGAUUUCUGCCCUCUUGGCAGAAAAGAAUUUUAUUUGGAACCAAUACAAUAAACUGGAGCAUGACGUGACUGAGCAAUUGAAGAGAAAAUGUACUGAACUUGAGCAUGCAAAUGAGAAAAUACAGGCAUUUAUGAGGAACAUUGAGGAACUACAAACCUCCAACUCUAAUAAGGAUAAUACAAUUGCAAUGUUAAGAACUCAAAUGGCCAAAUUGGACUCAGACUUCGUCAAAAAGAGUGAGGAGAUGGCCAGUCUUUCCACAGAACUAGAGUUACUAAAAAGGUCCGGAAGUUCCUCUAUCACUCCUGUACUGCGUCGCUCCACAGUUGGAUCAGGACCUUCGAAGCUGAGGGGCACGUCCCGUGGAACGGAUCAGAGGAAUGUAACGUUCAAAGAAGAAAAUCAAUCUUCACAAGCUCUUCAAAAGGGACAAAGUUCAAAACGAAAAGCUGGUAAUAGUAUCUCAGGUGCUCCAAAACUAUUCACUUCCUCAUUUAAGGUACCUAAGUUAAGAAAUUCAUCUCCCUGUGUGACAUGACUUCGUUACCACAAUUUCGGCCCUGUAUCUAUAUUAGAUGAUAGAUUCUCGGUAUAUAUGUUCAGUUAUUGGAUCUUGAUCAUCUGUAACAGAUCCUUGUAUUAUUACUCCAUUUUUUUUUCAUCAAGUGGCUUAACAUUAAAUUGUAAUCAAUAAUAGAUGUUGAUGCUGUAUACUAUAGAUAUCCAUGUAACCAAUUAGUUCGAGGCAAGUAGUUUCAGUUGCAAGAUUUCAUUGAACAUGGAGACGGGAUAUCAUUGAACAUGCAAAAUCAGUAAAUGAUUUGAUUUGUGCA